GCUGCUGCUGCUGAGCCGGUGCUGGGGCGACGCCCGUGUCCCUGCUGUCCUCCUCGGGCUCCCCGGGGCUUGACCCCCGGGGCUCUCGGCAGGCGUCGGUGAAGAGCCUGCGGAGAGAACCUGUGCUCCCACACCCACCCUCUACAACCCCAUAUCACGACUCCGAGGAAGGAGAGAGAGAGAGGGGCUGUCGCGACUCCGUGCCGUGUGUCGCCGGGCGGGGCCGCGGGGCCGGGGCUCCUCUAGCCCCCGGGAUGCGCGCGCGAGCCCUCGUCUCCACUUCCUUGUUGCCACUGCCACGACUGGAGCCGCCUCUCUCCGACAGCGGGGAGCGCGAGUGCGCCGGCCAGCCCCCCCGUCGAGCCCCCUGGCCAGGCGCCUCCAGGAAUGUGAGCCGCGCGGCUUGCACGCUUCUCCGGCCAUGGAUGCAUCAUAUGAUGGUACUGAGGUAACUGUCGUGAUGGAGGAAAUUGAGGAAGCCUACUGUUACACCUCCCCUGGGCCACCCAAGAAGAAGAAAAAGUAUAAAAUACAUGGAGAAAAGGCCAAGAAACCCAGGUCUGCUUACCUUCUGUACUAUUACGAUAUCUACCUGAAAGUGCAGCAGGAGCUCCCCCACCUCCCUCAAUCUGAGAUCAAUAAGAAGAUUAGUGAGAGUUGGAGGCUUCUCAGUGUGGCGGAGAGGAGUUACUACUUGGAGAAAGCCAAACUAGAGAAAGAAGGUUUGGAUCCUAACUCUAAACUCUCUGCACUGACCGCUGUGGUUCCGGACAUCCCAGGUUUCCGCAAGAUCCUCCCUCGCUCAGAUUAUAUCAUCAUCCCCAAGAGCAGCCUGCAGGAGGAGCGGAGCUGCUCUCAGCUAGAGCUGUGUGUGGCCCAGAACCAAAUGUCCCCUAAAGGACCAUCCCUUGUGUCUAACACUGCCCUGGAGACAGUGCCCAGCCAUGCAGGCAUGGCAGAACAAUGUCUGGCUGUGGAGGCCUUAGCUGAGGAUGUGGGAGCCCUUGCCCAGCCAGGUGCUGUACAGGAGAUCACCACCUCAGAGAUCCUCGGCCCGGAUGUGCUCCUAAAUGAGGCUUCCCUGGAGGUAGGGGAGAGCCACCAACCUUACCAGACAAGCCUGGUAAUUGAAGAGACCUUAGUGAACGGCUCACCAGACCUCCCCACUGGAAGCCUGGCUGUGCCCCACCCCCAGGUUGGGGAGAGCAUGUCAGUGGUAACAGUCAUGAGGGAUUCCAGUGAGAUUAGCUCCUCUGCGCCAGCAGCACAAUUCAUCAUGUUGCCUCUUCCUGCCUACUCGGUUGUGGAGAACCCCACCUCCAUCAAACUGACUACUACGUACACCCGACGGGGCCAUGGGACAUGCACCAGCCCAGGCUGCUCCUUCACAUAUGUCACCAGGCACAAACCACCCAAGUGCCCUACCUGUGGUAACUUCCUAGGAGGGAAGUGGAUCCCAAAGGAAAAGCCAGCCAAAGUCAAAGUGGAAUUGACUUCUGGAGUCUCCUCCAAAGGCUCUGUGGUUAAAAGAAAUCAGCAGCCUCUCACCUCUGAGCAAAAUUCUGCUAAGGAAAACUCUUCCAAACUGACUCUGGAGAACUCAGAAGCUGUAAGCCAGCUCCUAAGUAUAGCUCCUCAAAGAGACGUGGGUGAGGAGAAUGAGUGGGAGGAAGUGAUCAUCUCAGAUGCCCAUGUUUUGGUCAAGGAAACUCCUGGGAAUCGUGGUACAGCAGUCAUUAAGAAGCCAGUGGUCAAGAGUGGUGUGCAGCGUGAGGUCUCUCUGGGGACAGCUGAGAAUGACAGUCCUGGACUAGACGUGCCACCACCAGCUGAGGGGACCAGCACCUCCAAUUCACUCCCUGCUCCUAAAAAGUCUACAGGAGUUGAUCUGCUUAUUCCUGUGCCCAGAGCCCCAGAGCUUAAAGGCAGAGCACGGGGCAAGCCCUCGUUACUGGCUGCAGCAAGACCCAUGAGAGCAAUUCUUCCAGCCCCAGCUAACGUGGGUCGAGGCAGCAGCAUGGGACUGCCCAGGGCCAGGCAGGCCUUUCCCCUGAGUGAUAAGACUCCCUCUGUGAGGACUUGUGGCCUGAAGCCAAGCACGCUGAAGCAGCUGGGCCAGCCCAUCCAACAGCCAUCUAGCACUGGUGAGGUGAAGCUACCAAAUGGCCCAGCCAACAGGACAUCUCAGGUGAAAGUUGUAGAGGUCAAGCCUGAUAUGUUUCCUCCAUAUAAGUAUAGCUGCACCGUCACACUGGAUUUGGGCCUGGCUACAUCAAGAGGUCGGGGAAAGUGCAAGAAUCCCUCUUGUAGCUAUGUCUACACCAAUCGGCAUAAACCGCGGAUUUGUCCCAGCUGUGGUUUUAACCUUGCCAAAGACCGGACUGAGAAAACCACCAAGGUUCUCGAGGCGAGCUCACCACUCUCGGAUGUGCUGAGCGCCACAGAGCCCCUGAGCGCAGCCCAGAGGGAGAUCCAGCGCCAGUCAACGCUGCAGCUGCUGCGCAAAGUCCUGCAGAUUCCUGAGAAUGAGUCAGAGCUGGCUGAGGUCUUCGCCUUGAUUCAUGAACUCAAUAGCUCUCGACUUGUCCUGUCCAACGUGAGUGAGGAGACAGUCACCAUCGAGCAAACUUCUUGGUCGAAUUAUUAUGAGUCUCCAUCCACGCAGUGCCUUCUCUGUAGCAGCCCAUUGUUCAAAGGGGGACAAAACUCCCUGGCGGGGCCCCAGGAGUGCUGGCUGCUGACAGCCAGCUGGCUGCAGGUGGUGACUGCCCAGGUGAAGAUGUGUCUGAAUCCCCAUUGUUUGGCCCUGCACAGCUUCAUGGACAUCUAUACAGGUCUCUUUAAUGUGGGAAACAAGCUGCUAGUGAGCCUGGACUUGCUUUUUGCAAUCCGAAACCAGAUCAAGCUGGGAGAGGACCCCAGAGUAUCCAUCAGCACUCUUCUGAAGUCAGUGCAGGAUCAGACAGAGAAGACUCUUACCUCAGAGGAGCUGAGCCAGCUGCAGGAGCUGCUGUGCAAUGGCUAUUGGGCUUUUGAGUGCCUCACUGUCCGCGACUACAAUGACAUGAUCUGUGGCAUCUGUGGCGUGGCCCCCAAAGUGGAAGUUGCCCAGAGGAGUGAAGAAAAUGUGCUGGCACUAAAGAGUGUGGAGUUCACCUGGCCUGACUUCUUGGCCUCUAGUGAGGUAAAUGUGGAGGACUUUUGGGCCACGAUGGAGACAGAAGUGAUUGAGCAGGUGGCCUUCCCCGCCAGCAUCCCUAUCACCAAGUUUGAUGCCUCUGUUAUUGCCCCCUUCUUCCCACCACUCAUGAGAGGAGCUGUGGUCGUCAACACUGAGAAAGACAAAAACCUGGAUGUGCAGCCAGUACCUGGCAAUGGCGGUGCCUUGGUACGGCUGCUCCAGGAGGGUGCCUGCAAGCUUGAGGACAUCGGCUCCUACAGCGAGGAGGCGUUGCACUGCCUGCUGAAGCAGUGUGGCAUCCCCUUCAGGGCAGAAGACUCCAAGGACCAGCUCUGCUUCUCCUUGUUGGCCCUCUACGAAUCUGUUCAGAAUGGAGCCCGAGCUCGACAGCCCCCACCUCAUCUCACAGGGGGUAAAAUCUACAAGAUGUGCCCCCAUCAGGUGGUGUGCGGCUCCAAGUAUCUUGUGCGGGGCGAGAGUGCCCUCGACCAUGUGGAUCUGCUCGUCUCCUCCCGCCAUUGGCCUCCUGUGUAUGUGGUCGACAUGGCCACACCAGUGGCCCUGUGUGCUGACCUCUGUUACCCAGAGCUGACCAACCAGAUGUGGGGGAGGAAUCAGGGCUGUUUCUCUAGCCCCACGGAGCCGCCUGUGAGCGUGUCCUGCCCCGAGCUCUUGGACCAGCAUUACACGGUGGACGUGAUGGAGGCUGAACACUCUGUCCAGCACCCGGUCACCAAGACUGCCACACGGCGCAUCGUCCACGCAGGCACACAGCCCAGUCCUGGCGACCCCAGUGCUGGGCACCACUCCUUGGCCCUGUGUCCCGAGUUGGCGCCCUACGCGGCCAUCCUGUCCUCCUUCGCAGACAGCAAACCAAACAGCGUCCGCCAGCGGCCCAUUGCCUUUGACAAUGCCACCCACUAUUACCUCUACAACCGCCUCAUGGACUUCCUUACCAGUCGCGAGAUUGUCAACCGGCAGAUCCAUGACAUUGUGCAGAGCUGCCAGCCUGGCGAGGUGGUCAUCCGAGACACCCUGUACCGCCUCGGGGUUGCUCAGAUCAAGACGGAGACGGAGGAGGACGCUGAGGAAGAGGAGGUGGCCACAGCCGCAGAUAGUCAUGAAUACCAACCAAAACGGAGUCAGGAAGAAAUUGAAACUCUGACCAGACCUAUAACAUGCAAAGAGAUGGAAUCAGUCAUCAGAAACCUCCCAAGAAAGAAAAGCCCAGGACCAGAUAGUUUCUCUGCAAAGUGUUUUGAACCUUUAGUAAUCAUGAAUACCAACCAAAACAGAGUCGGGAAGAAAUUGAAACUCUGACCAGACCUCUAACUUGCAAAGAGAUGGAAUCAAUCAUCAGAAACCUCCCAAGAAAGAAAAGCCCAGGACCAGAUAGUUUCGCUGGUGAGUAGUACCAAACAUUUAAGGAAUUAACCCCAAUCCUGCUCAAACUCAUUCAGAAAAUAGAAGAUGAGGGAACACCUCUCAAUUCAUUCUAUGAGGCCAGCAUUACCUUGAUACCAACAACAGACAAGGACAUCACAAGAAAAAUACAGACCAAUAUCUCUUAAGAACAUAGAUGCAAACGUACUCAGCAAAAUACUAGCAAACCAAACCUUACAGCAUAUUAACAUGAUCAUACACCAUGACCAAGUGCUAUUUAUCCCAGAAAUGCAAAGAUGUUCAACACAUGAAAAUCAUCCUAAUACACCACAUCAACAGGACAAGAACAGAAUCCCACGUGAUUAACUCAAUUGAUGCAGAAAAAGCCUUUGACAAAAUCUAACAUGCUUUCAUGAUAAAACACCCAAAAGAGUAGGAAUUAAAACAAACAUCCUCAACAUGAUUAAGGGCAUAUAUAAAAAAUUCACAGCUAACUCAAUGAUAAAAGACUGAAAGCUCCCUGCCCGCCCCGCCCCACUCCCCAACCUUAGAUCAGGAACAAGGCAAGGACAGCGGCUCUCACCACUUCUAUUCAACAUUGUACUGGAGGUUCUAGUCAGAGCAAUCAUGAAGAAAAAAAAAGAAAAGGCAUCCAAAUUAAAAUCAAGAAGUAAAACUAUCUCUAUCCACAGAUGACAGAAUCCUAUAUUCAGAAAAAUCCUAAGAAAUCUACAAAACCCCUCAAAAAUCUAUUAGAGCUAAAAAAAUGUAUUCAGUAAAGUUACAGGAUACAAAAUCAACACACAGAACUCACGUGUAUUUCUAUAUGCCAGCAGUGAACAACCCAAAAAAGAAAUUUAAAAACUGAUUUUAUUUGAAAUGAAUAGCAUCAAAAUGAAUAAAACACUUGGGAACCAGUGUAAAUAAAGAGAUGCAAGACAUAAAUACUGAAAACCACA